AUGGCUACCCCUAGUGUCCUAGCCUUUGACGCUGAGGGUGGCACCAUUGACUUUGAGUGGGCCACGCGCGACGCUGCUGCACGUCUUGCUGUGCGUCGCCACCUGCCUACCGCUGAGCGCGCGCACUUUAGUCAGUACAAGAGUGCUCACACCUUGUACGACGCUGUAGUUGCGCGCUACUCCUCCCUUGCCACUGCUGCACUGAGUCGCCUCAUGCUCCCUUUCCUCUUCCCUGACCUUGCCGCCUUUCCCACUGUCGCUGAUCUCAUUACGCACCUCCGCACUAGUGACACCCGCUACCGCGCUGCGCUUCCCGCUGACUUCUGCGCCAAGAACCCCCCCCCCAUGUACAUCACUCUCUACUUUCUAGUCACCCGCCUCCCUGACUCCCUUCGUGUAGUCCGGGACCACUUCCUUGCGGGGUGUUCUCCUUCCCCUCUCUUGCCCUCUGUCGCCUCUACCGCUGCGGCCGACCUUGUUGGUCUUGAGUCGGUCGGUGCGGCGUCUGCCCCUAGCGGGAGACGCCGCCUUGGCAAGGGCAAGGGGGGCAAGGGAGCGGGUGGGGCCAGCGGGGGCGGUGGAGGUGGAGGUGGAGGCGGCGGAGGGAGUGGAGGUGGCGGUGGAGGUGGUGGCGGGGGUGGGGGUGCUAGUGGCGGCAGUGGAGGCGGGGGUGGCGGCGGCGGUGGCGGUGGGAGCGGAGGUGGUGGAGGCGGCGGCGAUGGAGGCGGAGGCAAGGCGCCAGCAGCAGCAGCAGCAGCGUUCUCGCGACGUCCCCACCCCUCAGCAGCUCCGUGA